GUGUAACUGGUACAAAAGAUACUGUACCUUACUCUAUUCUAGCACCCUGUACGGGCCUCUGCCCGCUUUUAGGGAGUUUCCGCCCGGAAUCCCAUCUUGACCCAAAACAACAAACCCACCCAAAGCAAUCAUCCCAUCUCGCAAGACUUCCCUUCAUUCCGUCACAUACAACUUCAAGUACAUACAAUUGCCCGGCAUCAUCUUCCGCGACCGACAUCGAUCAAUACGACUGCUACCCCGCGCUACUCGGCUCCAACCCCAACAAGCUCGACUCUCGACGUCACUCCCAGGUUUCUCUGCUGCUGAGUCAUUCGCCCAUUGACGCCCUUCCACCACUCCCGGCCUCGAUCAUCCACUACGGCAUCCGGGUGGCGAGUCCAAGAUCUUUUCUCGUCUCUUACAAAGCCGGCACCAUUCCUCCCCAAACUAGAAAGCGGAAGGCCGCUGAGGCGACGACGUCCCCCAUCUCGGACGAUACUCUCCCAAACAAGAGAACCCAACUCGCCUCAGCCGGCAAACAGCACCAGGGCCCCGAAGCCGCUCCCCCGACUCCCCUCACCACCACCACCUCGCACAACGGCAACGACGACAGCCAUAGCGACGCUGACCCCGCCGCCGACGACGCCAUGGACUCCGAAGACGAUUUCAUGUCCAACCUCUCCUCCGAGGAUGACAUGAUGCAGGAGGAUGACAGCGACAACGACAUGUCGAAUCCCGAGGACUUUGACUUUGACGACGAGCCCGAUCUGGAUACCGGAAACAAGGACUCCCAGCAGGCCAAGAAGCACAACUACCUCGAUAUCCCCUUCAAGGUGUUCCGCCCCGAAGACAUACAGAAACAGCAGGAUGGCCUGGUCGACGAGGUCAACAUGAUUCUCGACAUCUCCAAAGAAGAAGCGGCCAUUUUGCUACGGCACUUUCGGUGGAACCGGGAGCGUCUUAUCGAGGACUACAUGGACAAACCCCGUCAAGUUCUCGAUGCGGCCGGCCUCGCACAGACCGCCGCCGACAAGCCCCGGCUGCAGGUCAUCCCUGGUUUCAUGUGCGAUAUCUGCUGUGAAGACGGAGACGGCCUCGAGUCCUUCGCCAUCAAGUGCGGCCAUCGUUACUGUGUCGACUGCUACCGCCAGUAUCUAUCACAAAAGAUCCGCGAAGAAGGCGAGGCCGCCCGUAUCCAGUGUCCCGCCGACGGCUGCAAUCUCAUUAUCGAUGCCCGCUCGCUCGACAUCCUAGUCACGCCCGAGUUGACGGAACGAUAUCACGAGCUGCUCAUGCGCACGUACGUUGAGGACAAGGAAACUCUUAAAUGGUGCCCCUCGCCUGACUGCGCAAACGCCGUCGAGUGCGGUGUCAAGAAGAAAGACCUCACCAAGGUGGUGCCCACAGUGUCAUGUCUGUGCGGCCACCGCUUCUGCUUUGGCUGCAUCUACACCGACCACCAGCCCGCUCCCUGUGAGCUCGUGAAGAAGUGGCUCAAGAAAUGUGCAGACGACUCGGAAACGGCCAAUUGGAUAUCAGCUAACACCAAGGAAUGCCCAAAGUGCAACAGCACGAUCGAGAAGAAUGGUGGCUGCAACCACAUGACAUGCCGCAAGUGCAAAUACGAGUUUUGCUGGAUGUGUAUGGGGCUUUGGUCCGAACACGGCACGAGCUGGUACAACUGCAACCGCUUUGAGGAAAAGAGCGGCGCCGAAGCCCGCGACGCUCAGGCUAGGUCCCGAGUCUCCCUGGAGCGCUACCUCCACUACUACAACCGCUACCACAACCACGAGCAGUCAGCCCGGCUGGACAAGGAUCUGUAUGUCAAGACGGAGAAGAAGAUGGUGGAGCUCCAAAAGCAAUCGGGCAUGUCCUGGAUCGAAGUCCAGUACCUGCAAUCUGCAUCGCAGGCGUUGCAGACGUGCCGGCAAACGCUCAUGUGGACCUACGCCUUUGCAUUCUACUUGGCACGCAACAAUCUUACCGAGAUCUUCGAGAGCAAUCAAAAGGACUUGGAGAUGGCGGUAGAGAACCUGUCCGAGAUGUUUGAGAAGCCGGUCCAGGAUCUUGCCCAGCCCGGCCUCAAGGUGGACAUCAUGGACAAGACGUCGUACUGCAACAAGCGGCGCGUCAUUCUUCUGGAGGACACUGCUGAGAACCUUCAAAAAGGUAAAUGGACCUUCAACAUCGAUCUGGUCAGUGGUGCGCCUAUCGUGAAUCCCACGAGCACUCCUGCUACUACCUCUGGAAGCCGUCGCUAGGACGACCUCUUGGCGCAGCGUGCCCAUACUGUACGAGACGUGUUGGGAGUCGCGACGCGUGUGUUGAGACGCAGGCCUCAGGGAUGAUUUGGCCAACCCCUCGGACCAGGGAGAAAGACAGCAAUGGCGUUCUAUGGGCGUUUUUAUCCAUAUCAAAGACCGCCAAUAUCACCACAACCACCACAGCCGUCUUGAUUUGAGCCUACGCAUUUUUUAAUCGAAAGACGCAUUGGUGUAGCGGGUGUUUCUUGGCUUGAUUCAACGGCUUUACGGCAUUGCACAUGCAUACAUAUGCCGGAGUCUGUCGACGGGCGCAUAACGUCAAGGGCCUUUCAUGAUUGGGUUCGGCUUGAUUGUACCACAAGGGUGAAACGAUGGAAGAUAAGGAUGAGAAGACCACAGUGGGCAUGGAUGGACGGAUGGACGGAUGGAUUGGAAUGCGGCAGGAGUUUUACUCGGAUUCGGGACAUACAAUCAUAUACAUGUUUUCAAAGCGCAGCUUUUUCCUUCUCUGUCACAUAACAUUACAACGGGCGCUGGGAGAAUGGGUAGAUACACACGCGACAUUAGCAUAGCUACCUUUAAUCGUUUCAUAUACAUGUCCUCUAUUAGAUGAGAAUGUAUACCGCACUGGGUUUGAGUACGAGUGAUGAGAGCGGAAGA